GACGUGGUUCAGAGCUGUGAUCCGGUCUCACAUGCGUCUCCUCCUGGAGGACUUGAAACGCUGCCCACAGCCAGGAACUUUGGAGCACAACUGUUUCUCCCUUUCCUGUUAGAAAGCGUACAGGCUUUCUCCGUGUAAGGGCAGCUACUUGGGCACAAAACACGCAGGUAAAUACAUCUAGAAUAUAAAGAGGAGCAAGCGGAAGGUCAACCAGAGCUAGCUGCAGCUCCAGGUACAGCUCUGCUAAAUCGGGAAGUGGGCUCCGAAAGCUUCCUCCUCUGCUUCCCAGGAGGAGCAGCUUCUGCUUUGCAGAAAUCCCGUCCAGGCGGCUGCACUUCCUGCUGUGCACACCCAGCACUUGGGAUCGCCUGAUCCAGCAUGGCAAAAUGUGGAGCAUGUGGUCCAGGAUAUGCGACUCCUCUGGAUGCCAUGAAAGGUCCCCGUGAGGAGAUCUUGUACCUGCCAUGCAUCUACAGAAACACUGGGAUAGAGAAGCCUGACUACCUGGCCACUGUGGAUGUUGACCCCAAAUCUCCCCACUACUGUCAGGUCAUCCAUCGCCUGCCCAUGCCCAAUCUUAAAGAUGAGCUCCAUCAUUCAGGGUGGAAUGCCUGUAGCAGCUGCUUUGGGGAUGCUACAAAGAGAAGAAAUCGUCUCAUUCUACCAAGUCUGAUCUCAUCUCGCAUUUAUGUGGUGGAUGUGGGAACAGACUCGAAGGCUCCUAGAAUCCAUAAGAUUGUGGAGCCAGUGGAGCUGUUCUGGAAGGGUAAUGUGGCUAAUCCUCACACCUCUCACUGUCUGGGCAGUGGUGACAUCUUAAUCAGCUGUUUGGGAGAUCCUUCUGGCAAUGGAAAAGGUGGCUUUAUUUUGCUUGAUGGAGAGACCUUUGAAGUGAAAGGAAACUGGGAGAAAGGGGAGAAGGUCCCACCCCUUGGUUAUGACUUCUGGUAUCAGCCACGGCAUAAUGUCCUGAUGAGCACUGAGUGGGGAACCCCAAAAGUCUUGGCAGAUGGGUUUAACCCAGCUGAUGUAGAGAAAGGGCAUUAUGGCCGUCAUAUUAAUGUGUGGGACUGGAACUCUCGUACUUACAUUCAGAAAAUUGACUUAGGGAAGGACUCCAUACCUUUGGAAAUCCGAUUCCUCCACAAUCCGGAUGCUGCAGAAGGGUUCGUUGGAUGUGCUCUGAGUAGUACAGUACAUCGGUUUUACAAGACGGAGAAAGGAAACUGGGCAGCAGAGAAGGUGAUUGAAGUACCCAGCAAAAAGGUGCAAGGAUGGCUUCUCCCUGACAUGCCUGGUCUUAUUACUGAUAUCCUCAUCUCACUGGAUGACAGGUUCCUGUAUUUCAGCAACUGGCUGCAUGGAGACAUCCGUCAGUAUGAUAUCUCCAACACUCGCAAACCCAAGCUCGUGGGUCAGGUGUUUUUGGGAGGCAGUAUCAUAAAAGGUGGACCUGUAACUGUAAUGGAAGACAAGGAGCUGCAGUGUCAGCCAGAGCCAUUUGUGAUCAAAGGGAAGAGAGUGCCAGGUGGACCUCAGAUGAUUCAGCUUAGUUUGGAUGGGAAGAGAUUGUAUGUCACCAGCUCUCUCUACAGUGGAUGGGACAAGCAGUUCUACCCAGAUCUUGUCAAAGAAGGCUCUGUUAUGCUGCAGAUUGAUGUGGAUACUGAAAGAGGUGGAUUGAAAGUGAACAAAAACUUCCUAGUGGAUUUUGGGAAGGAACCUGAUGGGCCUGUUCUAGCUCAUGAGAUUCGUUAUCCUGGGGGAGACAGUACCUCAGAUAUCUGGAUUUAAUUGUUGCAUGGAGCUGUUUCUUUUUUUCAUGUUUGUUUUGUUUGUUUGUUUCUCCCUCUCUCUCCUCCCUACCCCCACUUCUGAUUUUAUACAGGUGAAUCAGUUCAGCCAGGACUUUGUCCGCUGUCUAAAUUUAGAAUUCCAUUAGGGUGAGCCACAGAAGCUCCAUUUUCUUCUCAUUCUCUGAGGCAGCCAAGUGAAUCUUUCUGAAACAUGAUAUACAUCUCAUUUAUUUCUCUAAUCUUUGCCUUAAGUCCUGUGUAAUCACUAUUGACUGUAGGUUUUGAAGCCAAGCGCAUCGAUCUUUUAAGGAUUGUUUGCCAGGUGGUGGUGGAGAAUCUGUUAAGAAGUGUACAUUUCAUAGGCUUGUCCCAGAGCACGUGUCCUUUCCCUGCAAAGCUUAAUUUACUCAUAAAUUGAUCAGUGUUAUACAGUAGACACAAUAUCUAAUCUGAAGCCAUGUGUUUCCAGAGCUGGGUUAUAUUUUAACAUCUGUGUAUGUGAUGAUGUAAAAAAUCAGCAAUAAAAUUGUUCUUCGACUCAGA